AUGGAGCAAAAUAACAGUGUAACUGAGUUCAUACUGUUAGGAUUGACACAAGAUCCUAAGAUGCAGAAACUGGCAUUUGUAAUCUUCUUCAUUUUCUAUGUGGGAACUGUGCUGGGAAAUUUGCUUAUUAUUGUGACCAUCAAAUCCAGCCAGACACUUGGAAGCCCCAUGUACUUCUUCCUAUUUUAUUUGUCCUUGGGUGAUACCUGCUUUUCAACGUCUACAGCCCCUAGACUAAUUGUGGAUGCUCUCUGUGCAAAGAAAAUCAUUUCUUACAAUGAGUGCAUGACUCAGAUCUUUGCACUGCAUUUAUUUGGUGCCAUGGAGAUCUUUGUCCUUGUCCUCAUGGCUGUUGAUCGCUAUGUGGCCAUCUGUAAGCCCUUGCAUUAUCCAAUCAUCAUGAGCCGGCAGAUCUGCAUCACCCUGAUUGUUCUUGCAUGGAUAGGGUCUUUUAUACAUUCUAUAGCUCAGAUUAUCCUGGCCUUGAGACUGCCUUUCUGUGGAUCCAAUUUGGUUGACCAUUAUUGCUGUGAUAUGCAGCCCUUGUUGAAACUUGCCUGCAUGGAUAUUUAUGCGACCAACCUCCUGGUGGUGUCUAAUAGCGGGGCUAUCUGCACAAGCAGUUUUGUAAUUCUGAUGAUCUCAUAUAUUGUCAUCUUGCAUUCUCUGAGAAACCACAGUGCAGAAGGGAGAAAAAAAGCUCUCUCCACUUCUCCUUGUCUGGACUACAUGCCAGCACUCAUGAUGAUAACAGUCCUGGGCUUGGCCAACCCAGCUGCUUUCUCGUGA